CUUCCGGAAGCCGUUGUGGCGUCGCCGCCGUGGGAGCAGGCCCUGCUUUUGAGUCCCUGAGAGGAGGAGGAGGAGGCGGCGGCCGGCCUCGGCUGACGUGUGUGGGAACGCGGAGGCCCAGGCGGCCGGGCCUGGUUUUCUCUUCCGUCCUGUGAUGCUCAUUGACCUCCUGGAUAGGGAUGGAGGAAAUAUCAACUGAGGAAACAGCAGGAUCAUCAAGGGUCCAGUUUCAGUCUUUGGAGACCUUUGAAAGACCUGAGUGUCUUUCCCCAGAGCCUCAGUUCAUGCAAGAUACCAACAUGGAACAGGGACUCAUUGGGGCUCCAUCUGUUCUGCAGGUACCUGCUCUUCCCCAUGAGGGAAGCCCAGGAGACCAGGCAGCUGCACUCCUGACAGCCAGGUACCAGGAGUUUGUGACAUUCGAGGAUGUGGCUGUACACCUUACUCGAGAGGAAUGGGGAUGCCUGGACCCUGUUCAGAGGGAUCUCUACAGAGAAGUGAUGUUAGAGAAUUAUGGGAACGUGGUCUCACUGGGAUUUCCAAUUUCUAAGCCUGAUGAGAUCACCCCGCUGGAACAAGAUCUACAGGUCUUUGAUCCUGAAACUAAGGAUAGAGAAGUCUUAAGAGAUGACUGCUCAGAUGGAGAGGCCAGAGAAGAAAACAAUCUGGAAGAAGUUCAUUCAGACAAAAUGAGAGUAGGAAGACCCAAGCAGGAUAUUGCCCAAGUUCCUGAGACUAGAGAAGUACAAAAGUCUGAGGACAGAUUAGAAAGGCUUCAGGAAAUCCUAAGGAAAUUUCUCUUUCUGGAGAGAGAGUUUAGGCAAAUAACUAUCAGCAAGAAAACCUCUACCAAUGAGAAGAGCAGCGAGUGUAACGACCCUGAAAAGAGCUUCUGUGCCGACUCCGCUCUUGAUACAGACCAGAGGGUUCUUAGAAUACAGACUGUCGAUGACAGUAAGUUCCACAUGAACUUUAACCAAAACUCAGCUGCUGAUAAACAUGAACACAUAAGUCUAACACAGAACUCACAAAGUAGUGAAUAUAAAGAAAGCAUAAUGGACUUCUCCCACCUUAGCAAAUGGGAGAGCACACUUACCACUGAGAAACCCUACAAAUGUGACAUGUGCGGGAAAGCCUUCCAUCAGAGCUCAGCCCUCACCAGACACCAGAGAAUUCACACGAGAGAGAAACCCUACAAGUGUAAAGAAUGUGAUAAGUCUUUCAGUCAGAGUUCAAGUCUCAGUCGGCAUAAAAGAAUACACGCUAGAGAAAAGCCCUAUAAAUGUGAAGUAUCUGAAAAGUCAUGUGAAACAUCUGAUAAAUCCGGUGGUCAAAGCUCAGAUGUAAUUCAGCAUAAGAAGACUCACACCAAAGCCAAAUCAUACAAAUGCAGCAGCUGUGAGCGUGUCUUUAGCCGCAGCGUGCAUCUCACGCAGCAUCAGAGAGUGCACAGAGAGAUGCCUUGCAAGUGUGGUGUGUGUGGCCGUGACUUCUGUCAUACUUCUUACCUGGUUGAACACCAGAGGAUCCACCAUCAAGAGAAACCCUAUGGGUAUGAUGAGUGUGGGUUGGCCUAUGUGAAACAUCGAGGUGUUCGUUUCAGAGAAAAGCCCUUUACUUGUAAAGAAUGUGGAAAAGACUUCAGAUUGAAUUCCCAUCUUAUUCAGCAUCAAAGAAUUCACACAGGAGAGAAAGCGCACGAGUGUGAUGAGUGUGGACAGGUAUUCAGUCAGACCUCAUACCUAAUUCAGCAUCACAAGAUGCACAGGAAAGAGAAAGCCUAUGAACGGAAUGAAGAUGAGGAAAGUUUCAGUCACAGCUCAGAUCUUACCCUGCAACAAGAAAUUCUCAGCAGAGAAAAAGGCUUUGAUUGUGAGGCCUGGGAAAACAACUUUAGUCCACGAGCACAUCUUGUUCCACAUCAGAGAAUUCAGACCAAAGAGAAGCCUUAUGAAUGCAGUGAACAUGGGCAGGCACUUAGUCCAGUUCAAGCCUCCUUCACCCUCUGAAUUCCCAGUGGGAUGAAGUUAUGUCCACACUGGAUGUGGUAAAGCACUCAGCCACUGCUCAAGCUUGUUCAGCAGAAUUCACAUCGAGAGAAACCCUUUGAAUGUGACCAGUAUUGGGAGUAUUUGAGUAUUGUUCAACUUAAUUGGCUCCUGCAAAUCCACACUACUAAGGAAAGCUGAUGAAUGUAUUGGAUGUGGUUAAUUCUCCACAUUUGGGGAAUUGGUACUAGAAUAAAAUUCCUCUACUGAACUGAACAUGAAAAAGCCAUCAGUAAAAGAAGCUACCUUGAGUGUCAAAUUCAUGCCAUAUGGAAAGCCUAUGAAUGUAAUAAAUGUUUCUGUGUGAGGCUAUUCACUCAUAACCCAGUGCUCAUUGAACAUCUAAUAUAGCCCCAGAGAAGUCAUUGGAGUACAGUGUAUGUGUCAGGCCAUGAUCAGAAUUUGUAUACCAAAUGAAGUUCUGAUGGAAUGCAAGUAUUUCAGGCUUUGCCCAACCUCAACUUAUUGGAGAGAAAAUUGUUAUUCAUGUAUGAAGUUGUUCGUAUUUAGUCCCAGUCUUUUUCACGGCAGAUGAAUUUAGUCUGAAAGGUAACUUGCCGAAAGCAGUCCUAUUUUCAUAUGGCAUUUUUUAAUUUAAGUGUUCUAAGUAGGUACGAGAAUUUUAUUUACAGACUCAUAAGCUAUUUUUAUUUUACUAUAGUCUAUACACAAUUUAUAUUUUUUGAAAUUGGUUCUUACUUGGUUUCUGUAGAAUAUUGUCAAUGCACCAGGGUUAAGAUGCCAGGAGCGGAAAGCAGCUCACUUAGCUUUCCAUGGUGUUCUUGGCCCAAGUUCUCCUAGUACAGACUCUUAGGCUUGCUCUUUUCUGAGGAUCCUACAUCCUGCUCCUUUCUAGUUACAACCUUACAUUCCUGUCGAUUUCUGCAUUCUCCUAAGCACCUUCAAGUGAUGACUUCCUAUUUUUAAGCUCCUCACUAGUACAUAUGCUGUUCCAAUUUGGUAUUGCUGGUCUGGUGUUUUCUAAGAAUUGGGAUUUCCACACCAACCAUCCACAAGGACAGAGAUUCAAUCUCCCUUCCUGCAGCAGGCCAUUAGACAUUUUGAAGUGAUGCCAAGUUUAUAGCUGCCUUUUCUGCAUCCACAGCCCUCUAAGAAAUAAGGACAUAAGGUAGCCAGGAAGGCUCCUGGUGACCUAGCUGUAUUCAUUCAGUGCCUAUUCUGCAUGUGUUAGUUUAGAAUUCUUCUAUAUGCUUCUAUUGAAGGCCAGCAAAAUGCUCAGGUCUGCAUUUGAUAGGGAAAAUGUGAAGGACCUAGGAAAUGAGAACAUUGCAAAUGAAUACGGCCUUCCAACAAAGAUGUUGCUGUUCUGUAUUGUUUCUAGAGCAGUAUUUCAAGAAAGUGGCAGGUCUGUUCUUGAUAAAAGUGUAACCAUUAGAAUUGCUUCUUUAUCUGUUUGAAUUCCCCCCUCUUCUUGUCAGUCCUGACUCAGCCUCCCACGUAACUGGUUCUUUGGGCAUGUGCUACCAUGCCUGUAUUUUUGUAUGUUGUAGAAUUUACAGGCCAUAUAAAAGAACAUGGCUCUUUUUGAUUAAUAAAAAUCACGGGUGUUGGUGUCAUCGUCUAUACCUAAAGAGUUCAUGAUUCUUCAGCUGUUGUCAAAGCAUUUUGUUGUUUUUCCAUUUUAGUCUUUAGAACAUUUUGUGAAUAAGACAAAUGUUACUUAAACUUUGAGUUGUCAGUCAAGCAAUUGGGGCUUUCAUAUUUAGAUGUUAUAAUACUCACUAGAAAUCCUAAACCAAUAUAUAAAAAGAUACUGCUCUUUCUCUAAGCCUCUUGUGGCUAACCUCUAGAAUAGCUCUGCCACUGUAGUUUACUCUUUGCUGUCAGCAAGCAUAAGACACCAUCAGGGCAAGGUAAGGCUGUGAGUUGAUCUAAAUGUAAAAGCAAAUGAAAAAUGCAUGUUUUUGGUUUUUUGUUUUUUUUUUUCUAUCACACAUGUAUACUCUUGUAGAGACCAAUAGUCCUUCCUCUCUGGUGACUAUGAGACAGAAUUAAUCCCUAAAUAGAAAAAUAUGUUUUAAAAAAUCAUAUGUAUGCAUUUGAUUUAGGAAUGUGCUUUUGUACUUGAAUAAAGGUGUGCUUGAUAUUCUGA